AUGACAUCGAAGAUACCAGAGUGUUCAAUUUGCUUUGAACAUUACAAUGACCAAAGCAAGUGUCCUCGGCUUUUGAGUUGUGGACACAGCUUCUGCUCAAGCUGUCUGGAGAGACUUCUCCAUGGUAACAACAUUGAUUGUCCCACAUGCAGAAAUCCAGGUGCUGUUCCUACUGGAGUGGAAGGACUGUUAAAGAAUUUUGCAUUAUUGGACAUUGUGAAUGACACACCCAAAGAACACAUUGGGAGUACAGGCUUGCUUGAUUGCGAAGCUUGUGAUGAGAAACACCCUGCGAAUUUCAGCUGCCUUGACUGCAAAGAAAACAUGUGCAAAACUGCAGCUCAGUUUCAUACUCGCAACAAGGCAAGUUUCGAUCAUCAAGUUGUCUCCCUUGAGGAACUGGAAGCAAACCCUCAGCUUGCUUCUGUUUCCCUCAUAUGCCAAAAACACAAUGAUAAAUUCCGUUUUUUUGAUGAGAAAUGUGGUCAUGCAGUUUGUAGGGAAUGCGUCGCUCUUGAACACUUUGGUCACUUGUGUUUACCACUUGCUGAAGCUGCCUCAGAGUAUGUAAAUGAAGUGAAAGAUUUAAUAAAAAAGACUAACGUGGAAACUGGAUCAGCGGUUGAAUAUGAACUGGAAAUGGCUCGACUUGAAAAGGAGGUGGGAUACCUACAAGGCCUCCUUAAAAAGGUAAAAAAAAGUUAGAAUAAUUAUGUGUUGUUUGUGUUAACUUAUUGUUACAUGCUGCCAAAGUUAGAAUUCAAUUCAUUUUUUUCACAUUUUUCUAAAACUGAGCAUCUCUUUGGGUAUUUCCAAUGAAAUCAAAGUCAUCACAAUUGCUAUUAAUGAAAUAAUAAUCCCUUUAAGAGAUUAAUGUAAUAAUCGUGUUGCCAUUCAGAUCAAGUUUCAAGUUUGACAUUUUGGACAGUGUUGGCUCUUUUUGGGCAGAUAGUGAUCAGAAAAAUAACAAAUGGCUGUUAUGGAAGCUGAGGUACAUGUACCAUUGACAGGAAGAAAUAAUUUCCGUAAGAUGAAAGUUUGAAUACCGAGCGGAUCUCCUCUCCUCUCACGUUAAAACUUGUAACAGAAAAUGCAUGUUCUUAGCCCAAGGUGACAGAGAGUAACAGGCUGGCAUCACCAUUCUAUUACAAAAAGUUUUAAAGGCUUGUUUAUGGUGGAAAGUGCAGUCAGCUUAUCCAGCUAGUUUACAGGCACUCCACUCAGAUACUUAAUAGAAACAAAUAAUUCAAACACAACAUAACAGGAUUAAAAACCCAACUGGCAGAAGGCAACCAGUGGCUGUGGAUUUGAACUUGGGAUGACUGAGAACAAAUCUAACAAGUCCCAAGAGCGGGAAUAGAACCCAGGACCUCCGGAUUGCGAUUCUGACACGCCGACUUCUCGGCCACACUGCCAUUCCAUUCCCUUCGCUUAUAUUCUUUGGAGGGUAUUUUGCAUUAGUAUAUACUUAAACAGUGGAUAGUGUUUUUCGCGGGCUCUGAUUGGCUACUGAAUCAGUGAAUAUCCUGCACUAUUCACUGAUUCACCUCCAGUUCCUCCAAGCGAGCGACGCCAAACUCGCGUAGGUUGUGAGCAAAAUGCUUUCCUGGUUUGCUGCUAUGACAAACAAAGAAACUUCACAACUAAUCAAGCAAGCUAUUUCCGAAAUACAUGAAGAAGGAGACAAAGUUCGGUUUGUAAGUUUUAAUAGGUAAAGCUUUGUCUUUUUGACUUGAAUAGUUAUCGAUAAAACCAGUGAAAACGUUUUUUGUUUACAAAUGCAAAUUAAGCUUAAGUCUUGCGUUACGUUAUUUGGUUGACUUGUUCAUAAAUAAGCUUAAACCUAAAUUAUUUUAAUAAUCUUUUUUACAGAAUUAUUUUAAAUACAAACAGAAUUCACAACUCCUUUUGAAGAAACUUCCUGCAAGAGCUAAACAAAAACUGGGACUGGGCGCCAAAUGGAGUAGUCGUGUUUUUUUGUCGCUCCGACGCUGCCUUGCCGUUUCACUAUAUCAGUUUCAGGAAAUUAGCCAAAUCAGCCUCAAACUAUUUAGAGAAUCUUUGCUUUUCCUUUCCGUUAUGCCCAACGAAAAGCGAGCGAGACAAGUGGCAUGCUUAAGCAGUGAAGAUGAAAGAACGCCACCACAUAAACAUGAGGCCGGCGCCGCCAUCUUGGAAAGCAUACACGAAAAGCUAAAGAAGCUAGACGUGCUUGAACAAAUAAACGGAAGACUGCUGAAGAUUGAAAAUACCGUUGGUGACAUGGAAAGAGGACUUAACUCUAUGACAGCAGAACUGCAGAAGGUAAAAACGGAUUUAGACUCAAAAGCAGAUAACGCCACUGUCGAUGCGCUGAAGGAUGAAAUCGAAGAAUUACAAAACAGGUCAAGAAGGAACAACUUAGUCUUCUACAAUAUACCAGAGAAAGCCGAAAAAGGAGAUUGCAUCUCUUUUGUACAGGAUUUUAUUACGCAGCAUAUGGGCCUUGAAACGUUAUGUGGCCAUGUUGAGCUGGAGAGGGCACACCGCACGCCAAGCAAAACGCCUUCUGCUGGUGAAAAGGGUCCCAGACCAAUGCACGUCGCUUUUCUUCGAUACACGGAUAAGAUGAAGGUACUAAGGAAUGCCGCCGCUCGUCUAAAGGAUAACCCGUUAAACGGAAAUGCCAUCGGUAUAAGUGAGGAUUUCGCCAAAAAAACCCAACGGCGGAGGCAAGAGCUCGUGCCCUACAGAAAGUUUCUAAAGAAGAAACUCGGAGACGACCGGAAAGUCUACAUCGCAUAUCCUGCAAUACUCAAAUAUGUCGAUGCCAAUGGCCGUCACAGAAUCGUAGGAACAGAAGAACUAGCAAAACUACGCCAUGAAAUGGAAGAGGCAAAGAGUUAACCUAGCAACGCCGUCGGAGUGAUACUGACCAACAACAACUUUAAUCUCACAUUCUACCCAUUGUUGGAGUUAAAAGAACUUCACAGGCAAUGCCUUUAAUUUGUUUCAUAAAAGGUAAUUUUCGUUUUUAUGUUGUAAGUGAUGUAAUGUUUUCUCCAGGCUUUAGCUUAAGAAGGCUUCUGUAUUGUGAAACUAUUAAGAUAUCGAUAUUUAUUCGUUAAUAUGAAUAAGUUAACUUUUAUUACGUUAAAUGUUAGGGGUUUAAAUAGUUCAAGAAAACGAAGAGCUAUUUUUCGGCAACUGCACGUUAACAAGUACUCAAUAAUUUUCUUGCAAGAGACAUAUAGCUCUACUGACCAAGAAAAAUUAUGGAGUAACGAGUGGGGUAGUAAAGUGUACUUCUGUCAUGGUAGUAAACACAGCAAAGGAGUAGCAAUUCUGUUUAAUCCUCGACUCAAAGUGCUAGUAGAAAAUGAAAUUUGUUGUGAAAACGGCAGGAUUCUUAUCCUGCAGUUUUCUAUAGAUGAUCAGAAAUUUAUUUGUGCCAAUAUUUACGCACCCAAUAAUGAUAACGCGCAAAUUAUAUUUUUUAAACAACUCAGAUCUUUACUUGAACAGUUUCCCAACGACAACAUUAUAGUAGGUGGCGAUUUUAAUUGCCCUCUUUCCAAAACCGAUAAAGAAGGAGGACGUGAUGUUUCGUCAAGAAGGAAUGUCGCCAGCGAGAUCGAGCAACUGAUGUGUAUUUUGGAUUUAGACGACGUAUGGAGAACGCUACAUCCAGAAGAAAAACAAUUUACUUGGCGAACAUCUGACUUGAAAAUAAAAUGCAGAUUAGAUUAUUGGCUAAUAGCCCGUCAACUAUUACAAAAUUCCCCCGUGCAGAAAUGUGAAAUCAAGCACGCUGCACAUUGCGAUCACUCUUUAGUGACGUUGGAAUUGCCAAUUAAUGAGAAAUACCCAAGAGGUCCUGGAUUCUGGAAAUUCAAUUCCUCCCUCUUAGAAGAUGAUGAAUAUGCAGAAAAAUUAAUGUUUAAAAUUCCGCACUUUAUAAACAAGUAUCAGGAUCUUGAAGAUCACGGACUCUUAUGGGAGUUGAUUAAAAUGGAAAUAAGGGCGUUCACAAUUAGUUAUUCAAAACAAAAAGCUAAAAUGAAAAAAGAUUAUGAAAAAGAUCUCGUACAGGAAGUCUCAAGACUGGGAAAUAUGGGUGAAAACUGCCCAUCAGCAGAAGCCGUCCAGAGAUACAUUAAAGUUAAGAACGAAUUGGAUAAGAUUUCCUACGACCGGGCAAGAGGAGCAUGUGUGCGCUCCAAGGCCCGUUGGCAUGAGUUCGGCGAACGAAGUUCGAAAUAUUUUCUUAAUCUUGAGAGACGAAAUUAUGAAAAUAAAUGCAUUACCAGCCUUAUACAAGAAAACGGAAGCAGUAUCACGGACCCAAAGGAAAUCCUAAAAGAACAAAAAAGAUUUUAUCAAUCCUUAUAUUCCUCGCAAAAUCCUCAAAUAAACGAUCCUAAAUUCAAAGUGUUCUUCGAUAAUGACAAGGUAGAAAAGCUGAAUGAUGAACAAAGAAAGAAUUGCGAAGGCUUGCUGACGGAGAAUGAGUGCUGGAAUGCUUUAAAAUGUUUCCAAAAAAACAAAUCCCCUGGCAAUGACGGUUUUACUGCCGAAUUUUACAGCUUCUUCUGGAGUCAAUUAGGCAAGAUAAUGGUAAACAGUUUUAAUUAUGGAUUCCAUAAAGGUGAGCUGUCAAUUUCUCAAAGACAAAGCAUCAUACGUCUUAUUCCAAAAAAGAACAAAAAUUUAUUGUAUCUUAAAAAUUGGAGACCUAUUUCACUUUUAAAUGUGGAUUAUAAGAUUGCCUCUAAAGCUUUAGCUCUCAGACUAAAAAAGGUUCUAUCGGCAGUUAUAAAUAACACACAAACUGGUUACGUAGAGGGAAGAUUUAUCGGUGAAAACAUCAGACUUAUAAGCGACAUCCUCAAUUUCACCGUUGACCAGGACAUAGAGGGAAUUGCUUUAUUCAUCGAUUUUGAAAAAGCAUUCGAUAGUUUAGAAUGGGAGUACCUAUUUAAAGCUCUAGAUACCUUUCAAUUUGGACCCGACUUUAAGACUUGGGUGAAAACUCUGUACACAAACAUUUCUAGCUGCAUAAUAAACAACGGCUUCGCCUCCGAGUCAUUUACUUUAAAGAGAGGAGUAAGACAAGGCUGCCCUUUGUCUGGCUUGUUGUUCAUUUUAGCCGCAGAAUUACUGUCUUGCUCAAUAAGAGCUGAUGAACAUAUAAAGGGAAUUCGAGUCCUAAACAAAGAAAUAAAAUUAUCUCAAUAUGCCGAUGACACCACCUCCUUUUGCAAAGAUAAAGAGUCGCUUGGGAAACUGUUAGAGUUAUUAGACCUAUUUAAAGAUUGCAGCGGUUUAAAGCUUAACCAAAGUAAAUCUGAAGCAAUGUGGCUUGGAAAAAACCCAAAUAGGACUGAUACACUAUUUGGAGUUCAGUGGCCACAAAGGCCUAUCUCCGCCUUAGGGAUAUCAUUCUCUUACAAUCUAAAACUUUGCGAACAGGAAAAUUUUUCACAAAAGAUAUGUAAAAUUCAAAAGCUGUUUAAUAUAUGGUCUCAAAGAGAUCUCUCACUUUAUGGCAAGAUAACAAUCGCCAAAACAUUAGGGCUAUCGAAACUUAUCUUUGUAAGUUCGUGCAUACAUACACCGCCUCAUUAUAUAGAUAUCACUAAUAGAUUGAUUACAGAUUUUGUCUGGAAUAACAAGAAACCAAAGAUAAAAAGGGAUACUCUUAUAGGUCCAAAAGAAAGAGGAGGGCUGGAUUUACCAGAAUUUGAGACUAUAUCCAAGUCGUUACAAAGUGCUUGGGUUCAAAGAAUGAAGAAUGGUGUAGAGGAUCAGUGGAUGUUAAUUCCUUUAUUUUAUUUGAAAAAUGUUGGAGGGCCAUUUAUUUUUGAUUGUGAUUAUGAUGUAAAAUUUCUAGGCCUAAACAACUUACCAAUCUUUUACGCUGAUGUUCUUAACACCUGGGCGGAAGUCCGAGAGCAAACUUCGGACAAUGAAAUCUGUGUUGAGAAUGUAAUCUUAUGGAAUAAUAAGCAUAUUUUAAUAGACGGUAAAUCAGUAUAUUGGAAAGAAUGGCAUGAAGCUGGUAUACUUAGAAUUAAAGACCUACUAGAUGAAAAAAACAGAUUCCUCACACUUAAUAAGUUUCUUUUAAAAACUGGCCUCAAGGCGCCUUUUACUAAGUUAUUUGGUUUAAUAUCAGCUAUACCUUAUAGAUGGAAGUGCGCUUUGAGACCGGGAUUUAUCAUGAACAAUCAAGAUAUGGAACAAAAUACAACUAAGGAAAUUAACGUGGUUACUAGCAAGAAGGUUCGCAAUAUACUUAUUCAAAGGAAAUUUGUAGAACCGUUGGCUAGCCUUCGACUAUGCAGGCAAGGAUUGGACAGUUCCAAACUUAGUUCUAUUUAUAUGCUUCCAUUUAAAAUAACUAAAGAAACAAAAUUAAGCAUAUUUCAAUAUAAGAUUGUUCAUAAUAUUCUUCCACAUGGGGUUCUGUUACACAGAAUGAAAAUCGUAAACUCUCCUCUCUGCAUACAUUGUGAUUCCCUAGAAACGCUCUCCCAUAUGCUAGUUAACUGUAUAGUAAUUCAAAAGUUUUGGUUUGAAGUAAUUAGCUGGUGGAAAACUCACAGUGGUGAAUGUUUGCUAUUUGAUGACUUAAGUAUAAUGUAUGGCUAUAAUCCCGAAGAUCCUAAAAGGCAAAUCCUUAACUAUUAUAUCCUUCUUGGCAAGAGACAUAUCUUCCUGCAAAGGAGCGAAAUUAAACCCCCAAGCUUUGAUCACUUUCUUGAAUUCGUUAAAGACAAGUUAAUUGUACAAAGAUCGAUUUUUUAUUCCAAAGGACAAAAAGCAAAAUUUCUUUCACAAUGGAAGCCUCUCCUCUCCUUACUGUAAAUGAUUAUAAUCUAAUCUACGUAUGCGUGAAGCAAGCCUGGUUGCAGUGUAUGUUGUAUUAAUCGUUGGAAUCUUAAUUCUUAAUUGUAAUUUUUUGUAACCUUUAAUUUUGUAGUGAAAGUGUUGUAAGUGAUGUAGUGGUAAUAAAGAUCUCUGUUAAAAAAAAAUAAUAAAAAAAAAAAAAAAAAAAAAAAUAUCUCCAACACCUCUUCGUCACUGGAUUUGUCAAAAACACUCUCACUACGGUGAUUAAGAUAAUGUAAGGAGAGAUUCUACAUGUACUCUUUAUUUGCCUCGAAUUUCAUUUCUAACUUUUAAAUAUUCCCUUUGAAGUUGUUUUAGCCGUAAUUUAGAUUGAAUUUGCAUUCAGACGUUUCAGUUCUUUUAAAUUAUAUACCCAUUUUACUUCAAUUUUGACUUUUAAAAGAAUAUUAGUUUCUGAAUAAAUAUACAGCUCAGUCACUGAAUACCUGCAUGUUUCGCCAUUAAAAUACCAACGGUUCGUAGUUUUUUUUUGUCAUUUUAAGGAAUCCUGAGCAAAGGUUAAAUGGUUUCCAGUUAAGAGAAGUGCAUUCAAAAUUUAAACAGACCUAUUAACGAGUGAAUCAUGAAUAUAUGAACGAGGUAAUUCCUUUAUAGUUAUUUGAUGUCAAUGAGUCCGGAUGACGGCUUUUGGCAAAACUUCAGUUCAAAAGGCAUACAAACAAAAAAAGAAAAGAAAAACUAUAUGGGCAAUAAAAUUCGUCACGCCGGUACUCGUAAACCCUAAAAUCUUUUACUUCUCUUUAUAUUUUAUUUAGAUAUGGGACAAUUUUCCGCUAUUCCGUCAUUCCACCGUUCAGGGUCACGCAGGUCCAAGCUUUGUAUUAUUUUGACCGGACAUUUUAUGUGGCAUACAUAAAACAUUUCCGAGGUUAGCAACAGCAAGUGGUAACAUUUGCGCAUGCGUCACGCUUUCUGGGAAGCACUUCUUAUGUACCCAGACGAUUCGUACCAAAAGUUGAGAUGAUUCGUACCCAAAGCUAAGAUAAUACGUACCCAAAGCUUACACAAUUCGUACCCAUGCAAUAACCAAGUCUUUAUGAUUUAAACAGUGCGGUUAAGGCUUUUACGAAAACAGGGGAUCGAAACCGCAGAACUAACCACAAGCAAGGACGUACUGAUGGAGAGGUCGAUUAUGGGACGAAAUAAAUGUGUUUGUUUACGUCCGAAUUUGCUGCAUGUCUGAACGUCGACUAAUCGAGGACUAUUUGAAGAGCGAUAGCAUAAGAAGAAUACGACCAGGUUAGUGACACAAGCCCCGAACACAAAAUUGAAAGAGCGAUUUAAUACCACCGCAAACUUCCGUCCAGCGGCUCGCGCAUACUCGCAACGUUACCACUUGCUGUUGUGGUUAUGGUCGUCGGUCUGAUUUCCAUGAGUCAAAUGACUGAAAUUGUCACUGGAACAACAUCAAAAGGGUGAAACUAAAAGGUGAAUGUACAACUAUACCUAUAGCAGGGUAAGGAUUGUUGUCUUUAAAUCACCGGUUUUUAUUCCUUCUAAAAUAUCCUGUUAAGAGUCAAACAACUAUCAAAGAUUAAUGACAAUGCAGCAAUUCAUUGAAUUUAAUGUAUGUAUGCAUGUAGCUAAGCUUGAGCUUAAAUGAAGCUUCAACAUGUACAUAAGUUCAAGUCCUGUCAACUCUUGUUGAUAGUAACUGUAGCACUAACCGAGUUGAAGUUUUUUAAUGUUUAUGACGAGAAGAUCAUGCGACCAAUUCACUUCCGGCUUUAAACACUGUUUGAACUGGCAUCAAGUCUCACACAGUAAGCUAUCAGCAGAGAUUCCAACACUCCCGUUUUGGCCGGAAAUCUCCCGUUUUCGCUUAAUAUUCUCCUGGUUUUCAAACUCUUCCAUUUCUUUGUUUAACUAGUCUUGUUAGCGUGCUUCCUUGCCGUUUUUCUGUGGUAUCUCAGCGGUUUCCGUGGUUUCUCUGUGGUUUCUCAGCCAAUUUCACCCUUUUGGCAUCCGACCAUGAGCGUGCGACAAAAGACCUUGUCACGGUUUUCGACGCCAUCUUGACGAGUAGGCAAACACAUGAGAAAUUACAGUGUUUGUAUGAGAAUCUAAUGUUGAAUAACUUCCGUAGAAUGGCUGUUCUGAAAAAAAUAUGAUGUGUAAACUAAAGCUCCACUCCUAAGGACUCUCCUGAAGACAUUUGAGGGCGUUACAUGCACUAGAAGACCUAGAACCACUUUUUAAAAUUUUCUAUACAUUUGUCUUUAAGAAAGUCCCAGGAAAAUUACAGACAAAUAUAUGGAAAAUCUAAAGCAAGCCUCCGGAGAAAUUUAAGCACAGGUACGGCCCAAAAAUUUUUUUAGGACAAUCCUUUGCUUUGUAGCUUUAGUUUACAAUUGAUAUUUUUUUCAGAACAGCCGUUUUAUGGAAAUUAUUCGACAUUAGAUUCUCAUACAAAUACUGUAAUUUCUGACGCGUUUGCCUACUCGUCAAGAUGGCAUCGAAAACCAUGACAAGGUCUAUUUGGGGCGCAGUAUUUCCACUGACUGUGAUCUCAAAAUGCAGGAAAUGGCAUCUUAGGCCCCGUCCACACGAAGAUGAUUGUAAACACAAACGCUAGUAAACGCAUAUUUUUAUCUCCGUCCACACGAAAACGAUCAUCGUUUAUGCAGCGUUUUAACCCGUCCACACGAAAACGCUCGUAAACGCAUAAAACGAUGUCAUACACCGAACAUGCAUGCGCUAUCGAUUUGUCGGACGUUAGAAACGAAGUCGCGGAACAAUAGUUCACAAUCGCAGGUACAACAGUUCAGUGGUGCACGCAAACAACACUAGGAGAGAGAAGAAAAAUGUUGAAGUCUGCUGGCAAGAAACCGAAAGAAAAAAGUGAUAAAACUAAGGCAGACAACUUUGUUUGGACUGACGAUGAAGUACAGCUGCUUUUAGAAGUUACAUAUGACUACAAGGUGUUGAAAGCGGUGAAAAAUAUCGACUGGGACUAAGUCGUUUUACUCGAGUAAAAGUGCUUGUAGUUGUGGAUAACGAUCUUGAGAGGUUUAGUCUUCUUCUUUUGUAGUUUUCCUGUAUAUCGAUUAUUGCAUGAUUCAAUUGAAUGCUCGCAAUUAUGCUUGAAAUAAGUGCAAGCAUGACACAGCUCAACACUCGUGUGUACGCCAUCUUGGAAACGCACCCAAUAAAAGAGACUGGCGCUGACAUCUGAUGUCAGCGUUUUCACAGCGUUUACGAAAAUAUACGUUUACGACCGUCCACACGGAGACACAUAAACGGCGUUUUCAAAUUUAUCCACUUUGGAGAGCGUUUUCGAAUUUAUGCGUUUACGGUGAGCGUUUUCAUAGUCUUCGUGUGGACGGAAGGCCUAAACGCAUAAAAAAGUUUGCGUUUACUAGCGUUUGCGUUUACAAUCGUCUUCGUGUGGAUGGGGCCUUAGAGGCACAAAUCUUAAAAUUUUUGGCGGGGGAGCACGCUACCAGACCCCCUAGAGACUUGCACCUUCGGUGCUCAUGGGAGCAGCUAUGCCACUUCUAAAACCUAACUACAAGGUUGGAAUCUCUGCUUAUGUAUUUUAAAGAAUAAACAAGCUUUUUUAUUAUUCAGUGGCAAUUAAUGGGCACCAAGAUAUUUUGAUGAAUAGUAUAAUGCAACCGCACACUGAUUGUUGACCAACUUACCCAAUUCCCAGCUGUCCCCCCUCCCCCCGCACUGAAACGAUUCACCUACUACACUUGGUGGCUCAGUAAAUAGGCCAUCUCCAAGUUUCAUAUCAAUGGCCUCGCAUGCAUGGUUCAAUUUGACCUAUUACCACCCCUCUGGGCAACCCCUGGGAGAAGUCCAGACGUUUGGGCCUGAGGGUGGGGAACUGGUUGAAGCAUUUCUGUCCCAGUUGUAGGGGGUGGGGAAAAUUGCUUUGCCUUUGCAAAGUAUGUGACAUUUCUUGCACAGUUGACUACAUAUUUUCAAGGAAAAAAAGAAUUUGUCGGAGAAUGGUUGAAGAAGGAAUAACCUAUCAAUAUUUAAGCCUGUAUUUGCAGGUAUGUAUGGUACAGGACCAGUCAUUAUGCAUUUAAUAUUAAUUUUUUAUUUUCCUUUCUAAUCAUCAGCCAUGGCUGCCUCAUCUGAUCAUCUUGAGACUAUGAAAGCAACAUGGAGUCUGGACAAUCCUGAGGUUUAUCCCAUUUUUCCUAGCUAUUUUUCAUAAAUCACUACAUUUUACUCAUAUUAUACUAUACCGUUGACAUGUUGGCAAGAUCCAAGAAGUUUAUGAUUAUGCAUUGUUUGUUUGGUGGAUAACUUUGAUUUAUUCAUAUGGUCACUUAUGCAUACACCUAAUUGAAAUCUAAGUGUUGCAUAUUUAAAAAAAUGAAGUGACAAAUACAUGUCAAUUCAUUAAUUUGGCAUAUUUGUCACUUUCAUAACUUGUAUAACUUUUGGAUUUAAAACAAAUCUUUCAUACUACAAGACUCUAAACUCUAAAUGUAAGGGGGUGUUUACAUGACACAAGAGACUUUUGCCUAGGAGUGAGUUCACUGUCAUGGCUCUAUAUUUGUUUACAUGAUACCACCACAAAAUGUCAUGCCGGCACAAGUCACCUCGGCGUGAGUUCACCCCGGUUCUUGUACUGGGGCAAGAAUUUCACUCCGGUACGAAAUCUCGCAACGGUAUCAUGUAAACGCAAAACGUUCACCCGUUUCGGUAUGAAAUUGGUCUCCCGGUAGACUGGAAUGGGUAGUGCAUUCGUAAUGUUGCGAUUUUGAAUGACAUGUGUAUUUUAUCAUCAUGAAGUGUACCUUCAAAUAAUGAGAUCUGAAAUGACCAAGUCAUUAUAUAAAUGAGAUACGAAAUCAAAAAGUCAUCGCGGAAUGAAACUCGCACCAGUGUGAAUUUUCUCAUGUAAACACCCCCUAAGCUGUAAAUUUAUGAAAGUGCAUGACUGGUUUGAGACUAAUAAUAAAAUUUGGAAGAAAUAAUAUUGAUAUGCUUGAUUAAUUCCUACUUGAAUGAAAGGGCAAGUUUCUAAAAACAUUUGGGGGAUUCCUUGGGUGGGGGAGUGAAUUAUGAAAAUUUGGCCAUUCUGCCUCUAUAUUGCAUCAACUUAGUUGAUUAAAACAAAUUUUUGUGUAAGUUGCAAUCAAUUUGUUUGUUUCAUUUUAAUUUUUUUCCUAUGACUGUUGCAUUAUUAAAAUUAGGUUUAUCUUCAAAUACUAGUCCAUUAACACUGAUUAAUAUAGACAUCACUUAUUGAUAACUUAACUGCAAAAAGGUCUUAUACAUGUAAAGAAGCCAUUUUGCCUCCAAACUAAAUACACAUAAGCUCUCUUUUUGCCCAAGACCAAGUACAUGUAUCAUUUAAGAAACUUAAUUAUUAUCAACGUGAAGAUUUGGGAUCAAUGUGAAGAUUUAGAUUAUACAAAUGAAGUAGGCAUGGUGAUAGAAAAAAAGAGGCUGAGUGGUUAGAGCUCUGGACUUGUGAUUUAGAGGUCACGAGUAAAAGCCCUGCACCAACCGCUACCUGGUUUUUUUCUUCGUAGUCCCGAGUUGAAAUCCUCAACCACGCUUGUAAAAUAGGCAACUGGUUUGCCACCAGUUGGGAUUUUUAACCAUGUAAUGUUCCAUUUAAAUUAUUUAGUUCAUUAUCCCUAAAGAACCCCAUUAUUAUUAUCAUUAUCAUUACUAAACCAGAAAAAUCAACAGUUUACAAUGUAUUAAAACAGUAGUCUGUUAUCAAACCUGCCAUGUCUUUUGGGUCAAAGGUCUCCUAGCGAUUCACUGUUAAAGUCGUUGUUUUGUAGGUUUGCUAUACUGAGACCAGUGUUCCAGUGUUACAUGUUACUCUUCUUUGUGGUGAGUGGAGUUCAUCUGCUGGUGGGUUGUCAACAAUAAACAGAGAGCUUGCUAUUCACCUUUCAAAACAUUCCACGGUGAAGGUUUCUUUACUAGUCCCAGUGGGAGCUUGCAACACUCAAGAAAUAAGAGAAGCAGAUGGCUAUGGAAUCACCAUUGUUGAGGCGAAAGAACGUGUAGCAUAUGAUCGUCUUGAUUGGUUGAUCAUCCCACCCCAGGACCACUUCAUGGACAUCGUUGUUGGCCAUGGUGUAAAACUUGGUCGACAAGUGCAAUUCAUCAGAGACUCUGCUCAAUUUCCAAAUUGCAAAUGGGUGCAAGUGGUUCACACUGCUCCAGAGGACCUGAGCAGAUACAAAUGCUACACUGACCCCAUUUCAAAAGGUGAAACAAAACACGAAUCAGAAGUUGAACUUUGCAAACUUGCUGAUCUUGUUGUGCCUGUGGGACCCAGACUGAAAGAAGUCUACUCUUCAUGUUUACAGCGAUGUAAGACAGAUCAAGACGUUUUGUCCAUUACUCCAGGCCUUUUUGAAAGAGAGUUUUUGGAUUUAGUGUCAAAACAAGAUCAUAAAGAGGAUAGCGAAUUUAAAGUGUUGUUAUUUGGUCGUGGGGAUGAUGAGGACUUUGAACUCAAAGGUUACAACAUUGCUGCCAAGGCAUUUACUGAUCAACGGCUACAAAAUAAAUCUUAUCAUCUAGUCUUUGUCGGAGCACCUAAAGGGAAACAAGAAAAAGUCAGAGAAAAACUUCUUCAGGGUGGUAUUGCAGAAGCACAGUUGACUGUUAGAAAAUUUAUACAAAGCAGAGACAAACUGAAAGAUUUGCUGUGUGAAGCUGACCUUACCAUCAUGCCAUCAAAAUCAGAAGGAUUUGGUCUUGUCGCACUUGAGGCCUUGUCUGCAGGUUUACCCAUUCUUGUAGGCAGUAGGUCAGGAUUUGCCAAAGCAUUAGAGAAUGUUCCAAAUGGUUAUUCAUGCAUCGUGAAUUCAGAUGAUCCUGCAAAAUGGGCAGAAGCAAUAGAAGCUGUACGUACUAGGCAUCGAAUGCGGCUGGAAGAGAUUAAAGUACUGAGAGCUUCUUAUGGGGAGAUGUACAGUUGGCAGGAGCAAUGUGAAGCCCUUGUGAACAGACUUUGGAAAAUGAGUCAUGGUAAGAAAUAUACCCCUUUACAAUCCUAA